AUGAGAUACGAGAGAGCGGGGAAGAUCAGUGGACGGAACAGCGAAGUGUGAAGAGUGUUAGAGAAAAGAAAUCUCGAAAGCAAUCUCGAAAAUAAAAGGGAAGAGUUUCGCGCAUUCACUGUUCAUUUUAAAUUACUUCUUAACAGAUUCGGUGGCAUAAUAUCAGAGUCAUCGAUCAGAUAAUCGAGUCAGGCAAAAAGUGGCUAAAGGUGAAUGCUGUCCGUGAGAGGCCGAUGAUGUCCACAAUGGGUAAGCCGGUGCUUUAUUCCUAUUGGCGAAGUUCCUGCUCUUGGAGGGUAAGAAUUGCAUUGAACCUAAAGGAGAUACCAUAUGAUAUAAAGCCUGUUAAUUUGGUGAAGAGUGGUGGAGAACAACAUUCCAAUGAAUUCCGUGAGAUUAAUCCAAUGGAGAAAGUCCCUGCGCUACAUAUUGACAAUCAUACUUUGAUAGAGUCUUUGAAUAUCCUACAAUAUUUGGAAGAAACUAGACCAAAUCGUUCAUUGAUGCCAGUAGAUCCUAUCAAAAGAGCUAGAGUGAGAGAGAUUUGCGAAAUAAUUGCCAGUGGUAUACAACCAUUGCAAAAUAUUGGUCUUCUGACCCAUGUUGGAGAAGAACGUAAAACGGAAUGGGCGCAGAAUUGGAUUACUAGAGGAUUUACAGCUGUGGAGAAGUUGUUAUUGUCGAGCGCAGGCAAAUAUUGUGUCGGCGAUGAAAUUACAUUAGCGGAUUGUUGCUUAGUACCACAGAUAUACAAUGCACGAAAAUUUCAUGUUGAUCUCAAACCCUUUUCUACAAUUCUGAGAGUAGACCGUCAUUUAGAACACCAUCCGGCCUUCACUACGACUCACCCCAACAAUCAGCCCGAUUGUCCGCCCGAAGCGACUAAGUAGCAAGCGAGGCAGACCACCCUUUUCCCCUUCUAAUUUUUUAGAAGGAUGAAAAGAGGUGGUUCAUCGUGUGAUAUCAUAAUGAUAAAAAAUGAACAUGAGUUUAAUUGCAUUUGUUCGCAUUUCCAAUGUGUUUGAAUUAGAACAAAAAGUUUUGUUUCUAUAACGUAACUAAAAAUGUAAUCUAGAAAAAAAUUGAUAUUUAUUAAUUAAAUAAUGUAGUCCAACCUUUUUCCAUUAUUAUGAAA